UGACACACUGCGUAAACGCGCUGCUUAACUGGUCUCGUGAGUUUAGUAAUUCCGUGGCCAUUGUCUCGCCAAGUGUGCAGUGUCCCGUGAUUACCUCUUAACGAACGAAGCUAGAGAUUAUUUUGCGGCAACAUGGAAAUAUUAUAGCGUUAGUGGCCAAUUUUCACCUCGAAAUUGGGAGUAACAGUGUUCCUGCAUCGUGCGAGGUUGUAAAAUAAGUGCCAUCGUUUUUCUACGUCAACGAGAACAAUGAAAAACAUGGCUUCCUGGCUAUCAAUAUUGUUAGCUAUAUCACUAUCAAGAGCAGUAUCCUCAAAUUUUAUUGGCUGCGAUUUGCCAACAAAUUUUGUCAUCGACAUAUCGGAGGACGUAAAAGUCAACAUUUAUGGAGCUGAACUAUGGGUCGGAAUUAAACCGGAAGACGUAGGCAUUGUCAGAUAUCCGUAUAUUAAUGCUGUUAAUCUUGUGGCAAACAAUAGCAUCAUAGCUUUCAGAGGAUAUUUGAUCAAGAACAAUUUAAAGGAUCGUUUGAUUUCGGGACCAGAAAAUAUCUCGAGACACCUCAACAUUGACCGUACCGUAGGACUCGCACAAGUCAUUAGAAAUGCUUGUGUACCUGAUGAAGCUUACCGACUCCGUGACUGUGUUAUGUUCCUUUCGCCGGCCAGAGAAACUAAGGACGACGUUCUGAAGAAGGUGGACCGAGAAAUUCUUAAAUUGGCCGAAUCGUGUUUGAGCACUGAAAUUUGCGAAAAAUUUGAUCACCAGAAAUUCGUGGAAAUUCCCCUGGAUGAUCCUGAUCAAUUUGGCCCACUAUCACCAUAUUCUCGGUCACUAUAUGCUGCAUUACCCCCAAAUAAACAAUUUAGUCCUUCCGCAGUUGGCAGGGAGAAUUGUGAAUCGGUACAGUCGGCAAUCAACAUCUUGGUGGACGUAGCUUUGGCCGAAUUAAUUGAAAGGCUCAGGAAGAAAAACGAGGGAAUUAUUAAGAUUCCGGACAUUUACCAGGAGUUUUCAACGGGUUCGGGAAUAUUCGAGACAACCGGUCGUUUUGAGGCCAUAAAUGGAACAUUUAAAGAUCUGACGACACUGAAGAGAACCGAGGAUGCUAUCCUAUCUAAUGCAGGACUAAAAUUCAAAGCUUCAUGCGGUUUUGGACUCUCAACUGCGCAGCUGCAAUAUCCUUACUAUAAGGCGAAAUUUGGUAUCUUGAAAGUUAAUGGCCAAAUAUCUGGCACUGUGGCAGGGACGGCAAUUCAUGUUACAGUUAUUGUUGACUACAAUCAAAAUCCUUGUGUAACGACUUUGGAUACUCUGAAAGUGACGGAAUUUGGCAAAGCCAAAAUCAAUAUUACUGGUCUAGGGCCGUUAAAUUGGUUAACGUCCAAAUUGUUGAAUUAUGUUGCCAAAACAUGGCGCGAGGACGUCAUCAAAUCUAUCGAAUCCAAGCUUAGAAAUACAGUUACUAAGCAAUUGAAUAAAUUCAAUUGCGAAAAAUAUAGGCCAUAAAGAAAUGACGAUGGAUAACAAAACUGAUCGAUUUAAAAAUGAGAACUAUAUUAUCGUUAAGCAUCGAUUUCAUUUCACACAUUCUUUAAAAUGCAUUUCAUUCACUUGUGUUUGAUCUACAAAGAUUCGAUUGAAUAAUACAAACCGCAACAGAAAUAAAUAACGCAAAUAGUAGAAAAGGUUCCCGCUUGUACAAAACGGCUAGGGUUUUCCUAUAUAAUAAAGUAUAUAGUACAUAUUAGCACACACAUAUUUAACUUCUUUUUCCAGUCCUUUGGUCAUACGAUUUGUACAUAUUUAUGUACAUUGAUUGUUUAUUAUACAUUAAUUGACCUAAUAAGCAAUAAAGCUGAACGAUUGCAGAUAAAAAGAAAUUACUCUUAAAUAUGAAUCUUUUAAAUGAAAGAAAUCAAUUUUUACAAGUAUUGAAUACUCUUCAACUGUUAUUUGACGCAUGCUUAGUGAAAAGAGCAAUCAUAAAUGGAAUUGUAAUGCAUUUUUUAUUGUAAAUUUAUAAUAGUGGCCGAAUGACCACGAGGUCACAUAAAACUAUUGUAAUAUUUUAUGUACAGAAAUUAUGCUAGAAAACACUGUGUAAACUGUAUAAUUCUUGCGCCGUUAUAAAUCAUCUUUAGUUUGUUUAAUUUUAUGUUCCUAUUUUCUAUAUUAAAGAACAUGGAAGAAUAAUAAAUGUGAGCAGAUAUAAAACAAACGCUCUACACCUAUAUAUAGUUUUUGUUAAGAUUCUUGUAUAAACUAACUUAAUGUUUCAGUAUGACAAAGUGAAUAAUUUAUACGCAA